GCUUCAGCUGCAGCUGCUGAGUAACCGCCUGCAGAGCAAACAGAGCUUGUCCACAGAUUUAAACUUUUUAAUGCAUUAAGUUGGGGCCGCUUUUUAACAACCACCAUGGCUUUGAGCUCAUUCGACAUCGACGCACCACGGUGGGAUCAGUCUACGUUUAUGGGCCGACUGAAACACUUCUUCAACAUCACAGACUGUCGAACGGCGCUCUUACCUGACUCGCACUUGGACGAGGCCAAAGCUUUAGUGGAUAGCUGCAGGGCAGGAUCCGUCCCUCCUGGCACCACAGAGGAGCAGCUUCACUAUGCUAAGAAGCUGUACGACUCUGCCUUCCACCCAGACACAGGAGACCGCAUGAACCUUAUCGGCCGUAUGUCCUUCCAGGUCCCUGGAGGCAUGGCCAUCACCGGCUUCAUGCUGCAGUUCUACAGGACAGUUCCUGCUGUGGUGUUCUGGCAGUGGGUCAAUCAGUCCUUCAACGCUCUGGUCAAUUACACAAACCGUAACGCUGCCUCCCCCAUCACGCCCAAGCAGAUUGGAGUCGCCUAUGUUACAGCAACCAGCACAGCAUUAGCAACAGCAGUCGGACUCAACCUCUACACAAAGAAAGCUCCUCCGCUCGUGGCUCGCUGGGUCCCUUUUGCAGCGGUGGCGGCAGCCAACUGUGUUAACAUUCCUAUGAUGAGGCAACAGGAAAUUCUGAAUGGCAUUGCUGUGACAGAUGAAAAUGGCAAUAAGCUGGGCCACUCUACGAAAGCGGCUGUAAAAGGCAUCACUCAGGUGGUCAUCUCUCGGAUCACCAUGGCCGCACCAGGAAUGAUCAUCCUCCCCAUCAUCAUGCAGAGGAUGGAAAAAUACAAGUUCAUGCAGAGAAUCACGUUUCUCCAUGGACCACUUCAAGUGAUGAUGGUGGGAGUGUUUUUGAUCUUCAUGGUUCCUGCAGCCUGCUCGCUGUUCCCUCAGCGAUGCUCCAUGGCUGUGUCGAAGCUGGAGCCCGAGCUGAGAGACUCCAUCGUGUCGCAAUAUGGAGACUCAGUACAACGCGUCUACUUCAACAAAGGCCUCUGAGGCUGAUUUGCUGAACUGAACUUUUCAACACACAAGACCGAAUACACAUGUUUUUACAUAAAUUGUCUUUGUUUUCUAAUUAUAGUCCUAAUGAAAUGCUCUUCUCCCUACGUCAUCUUCAAAUCUGUGCUUAUUGGUGGGAACUCGCUGUGGGAUUUUUGAUCAGUCACGUCUUUUUAACUUUUUCUCCUGUUUUCUUACAUUAAACAGACACAAGGGACAUUGUGUACUCCUGUUGAGAAACCAAAUGAUCUCCUCUCAGGAACAGAGCAGUACUUUGCCAGAUUAAAACUCUGUUAGUUUGUCCUCCACUGGAUGUUUCUAGUUGUUUUCGUUAACUCAGAAUGCUCUUGAACAGCAUCAUGCUCCUUCUGUCUGCAACGCUUCCUUACAAUCUGUGCCUUCUACAAAGUGGCAGGAGCAACAACACUUUUCUCUCUUUCUUUUUUUAAACUCUUGUAUGCAUGGGUUAACUCUGAGACAGUCAUUCGGUGUGGUGUGGAAGCUGUGUGAUAAAGGUGGAGGAUACUGCCCUCUUCUGCCAGGAUGGAGGUAGAUGUCUGACUUGUUUGCAUGAUUUAUCUGAAAGGUUUGCACAUCGGAUCAUUUCACUUUGUAAAUCCUCCAGAAUAAACUGGAAUAAAACCACAAAAAUAUUUUAAAUGCA